AUGUCAACGACACAGACCUCGCUCGCCGAGGCCGAGGCCGAGGUCUACCCCAUGACGGAGCUCCGCCGUCCCCCGUCCAAAGACGCGGAAGGCGCCCCGGCCGAUGCGGAUAUCGCUAGAAGCGAGCCCGCGACGCCGUUUCUCAAGCUGAUCGUUGCGGGGUACUCGUUCUUCUGCGCCGGGGUCAACGAUGGUACGCUUGGGCCCUUGAUCCCGUAUAUCAUCGCCGGCUUCGGGAUUGGUACGGGCGAGGUCGCUAUCAUCUACGGAACCACCUUCGCGGGCUGGCUCUUAGCCGCCGUUACCAAUCCCGUCAUGACGGCACACAUGACUCUCGGGCAACUCCUCGGCGCCGGCGCCGCGCUACAGUUACUAGCGCAUUGCCUGCGGCCGUGGAGCCCGCUGCCCCUUUUCUGCAUCACCUUCUUCCUGCAGGCGCUCGGCAUGGCGUACCAGGACUCGCACUCCAACACCUUCGUCAGCGGGCUCAAGAACGUGCCGCAUCGCUGGCUUAGCUUUAUACACGCAUGCUACUCCCUAGGCUGCUUCAUCGGCCCGCUCAUCGCCACCGCCAUCGCCACGAGCACCAAUACCAUGGCCAUCGACGGCUGGAAGCGCGUGUACUUGGUGUUAAUCGGGAUCUCGGUACUAAACGUGGCCGGCGUGGCCGUCGCUUUUCGGGACUCGCUCUGGAGCAGGUUAAACGAGGCUACUACUACCACCACCCCCACAGACAGAGCCCCAGCCCCACGACAGAAGCGCAACCGCGCUGCUAUGACGGACAUGGCCCGCCUGCUCAAGUCCAAGACUCUCUGGCUGAUCAGCACGUUCUACUUCUUCUCGCUAGGCGCCAACUUCACGGCGGGCGGCUGGGUCGUCGAGUUCCUGACCACGGUGCGCGGCGGCGACCUCUCGGCCACCGGGUACGUGCCGACCGGGUUCUACGGCGGGAUGCUGGCGGGCAGGCUGCUGCUGGCCGAGCCGACGUUCCGGUACGGCGAGCAGCGCAUGUUGCUGGCGUAUAGCGUGCUGUGCGUCGCGCUGCAGCUUGUGUUCUGGCUGCAGCCGAAUAUUGCUGGGAGCGCGGUGGCGCUGAGUUUUAUCGGCUUCUUUACUGGGCCGUUUUUUGCUACGGGCAUGUCAGUUGCUUCGAAGCUCUUCCCUCGGGAAUCACAGCCCGCCGCUCUAGGUUUCAUAUUCGUACUCGCGCAAGCCGGAGGUGCUCUAUUCCCCUCCAUCACGGGUUUGAUAGCGACGAACGCAGGCGUAGCCGUAUUGCAGCCUAUCGUAUUGGCGCUGUUCGUCGUCGGCGGGAUCAGCUGGUGGCUCGUACCGAAGGUACCGCAACGAAACGAAUGA